UUGAGCCAUAAAGGGAAGUGAAAGAGAGCAACUUUCUCGUUUCUCCUUCUCUGAUUUAAUUCGGGUUUAGUGUUUGCAGAUAAAAAGGGGAUGUACCUACAAUGACCAGGGUUAGUUUAGACUUGAAAGUAGGUACAGUUAAUACAUGAGUAUUAUCUCUCCCAUUGUCUCUCUGUUACAGGAGUCACAAGAUCACAGUAUAGAUGGCAGCAGUGAUGGCAGAUGACAACGUGUACAGAGAGGCAGACUUACAAGAAGCUGACCAUGAGAAUGAAGUACAGCUCCCAGGACCAGAGGGGAACAUUCAGGGUCAGGUAGAAGAAUUUCUAGGUCCUCAUCCAGAUUAUGAUGAGGAAGAGGAAGAAAGAAAGUAUUACAGGAGGAAGAGGCUGGGUGUGGUGAAGAAUGUGCUUGGGGCCAGUUUUGGAGGCAUGGUCGUCUACAGCGUUUAUUUGGGUCUGCUGCAGAUGCAGCUGAUUCUGCACUAUGAUGAAACCUACAGAGAAGUGAAAUAUGGCAGUCUGAGCCUGCAGGAUAUUGACAGCAGGGUGUUGAUGGGCAUCAACGUCACUCCCAUCGUAGGCUUGCUCUACACACCUGUACUCAUCCGAUUUCUGGGAACCAAAUGGAUGAUGUUCCUUGCCUCAGGAAUCUACGCACUCUUCGUCUCAACCAAUUACUGGGAGCGGUACUACACCCUGGUACCAUCAGCUGUUGCAAUUGGUGUUGCCAUAGUCCCUCUUUGGGCAUCUUUGGGAAAUUACAUCACAAGGAUGGCCCAGCAAUACUAUGAAUAUGUGAACUAUAAAGAGGAGCAUGUGCAGGAGCAGAAGCGAGUGCCAAAGGGAGCUUGCCAUCAUUAUGUCAUCAUCUUUCAGUCAAUUUUCUACAUCUUCUUCCAUCUGAGUUUCAUGUUUGCGGAAUUCCCCAUGGUCUUCUUCCUCAACAGUUUUCUCAAUGACUACAAUCACACACUCUUCAAUGUCAAACACUGUGGAGCGGACAGCAGCGGGGUGAUCGAUGGUUUUAAUAAGACGGUGCUGCUCAAAUUGCCUCGCUCUACAAACCUUAUUAUAGUAGAGAGUGUUCUAAUGGCAGCCGCCUUCAUUGCAAUGAUCAUAUUCCUGGUUGUGUGUGGCGCUGCGUAUCGGCCCACAGAAGAGAUUGACCUGCGCAGCAUCGGCUGGGGCAACAUCUUCCAGCUGCCCUUCAAACACCUGCGUGACUACCGCCUGCGCCUGCUCUGCCCUUUCUUCGUCUACUCCGGCUUUGAGGUGCUCUUUGCCAUCAAAGGACUCAUACUGUCAUAUGGUGUGUGUGCAGUGGGGAUUGAGAAACUGUGGCUGCUGGUGAUGAUCUACGGCCUGUCGUCCUCUGUGUGUUCAUCUUUGUCACUAAUACUCCUCCAGCCGCGUUUUCCUCGGGCCGUCAUGCUGCUUGGGGGAGCAGCGGUUCAUCUGAUCCUUCUUGUGGCUCUCAUGUGCUGGUCCUCGAAACCGAGAACCCCUGAACAGCUGCCCCAGCUUCUAGUGCUGGUUGCUCUCUGGGGCCUGGGUUCUGCUCUCAACAAGACGGGGUUAAGCACUCUGCUUGGUAUGCUGUAUGAGGAUAAGGAGCGCUUAGACUUUGUCUAUACCAUUUAUCACUGGUGGCAGGCCAUCGCCAUUUUCAUCGUGUACCUCUGGUCUGCUUUGCCUAUGAGGGCCAAACUCGCCAUCCUAUUGGUUACUCUGCUGGUAGCAGGCUUCUGUUAUUUCCAGAUGGAGCGUCGCCUAGAAAAGAAAAUUCCCUUCCGGUUGCCACGGAUUCCCCGUCCACGGCAUAAGGUCAAAGGCUAUCGUUACCUCGAGGAGGAAAACUCUGAUGAGUCCGAUUUGGAAAAGAGUGACAUAGAGGGGGAGAUGGACGAUGAGAAGGAGAUUGAAGAGGAAGGGGAUGAGGAUGUUGGAUCGCUGGGCUCUCAUUCACCAGGGCCUGAGAGGAACAGGGCUUGUGGUCGCAGAAGGAGGCGUGAUGAUGCUGCCUAUGAGCAGGCAGGCGAGAGGGAGGAGUACGCCCAGGCCAUGUGAUAUAAUGCUGCGGUCUGACUGAACAUGAAACAAAUCUCCACUCUUUACCCGUUAGGGAAACAAUGAAGGAAUGAAUGUUGCAAGACUUUCAAUUGCAGGUGAUGUAUGUAGGUUUGAGGAGAGAUUAUGAAAGUUGUUUUAGUAGGUACUUUUAUAAAAGGAAAAACAGAAAAUUUCUCAAGUAAUUCAGUUCAAAAUAGCGAAGUGAAAAUAAAAAAGGAAAUGGACACAACCCAGUAAGACCAGGUGCUCUUUCAUUGUAGUAACAGGUCAAUGUCAUAUGCUUGUGGUUUUUGCCUCCUGCUUUUCACUCAUUUCCUUUUCAAGGUUUUCUUACUGCUUUUUGUCAAGCAGGCUUGUCAUAUUUUUUAUUUUUAUUUUACAAGGACACUGUGAUUUCCUCAUCUGCUCUGAAAACUUCUUUUGGUCACUUGGUUUUUUGUUUUGUUUGAUUUUAUACAUGUCCAGGGAACAGUUUAGACACCUCAGACUGAAUACUUUCAGUCUUAGAGCUUUAAGACUUUUAAAAAAAUAAAAAAUAAAUGUGUAUAUACAAUUUUAAGUAAAUAGUAACAAAGUCUAAUCUCAUGUACAAAUGUAAUUUUAUUAUGAAAAAACAAAAAACCUUGAAAACAGAAGAAGCAGCCAACAAGAAAAAUCUUGUUGAAACAACUUUCAUCUGAAAUUUCACCUAGAAUAUGGUUAGAAAUAGAAAAUAUGGAUAAGUUUAUGACUAAAUGAUCUGAAAGAAAAGCAGAUCACUGCAAAUUUCUGUAUUAUUUCAUAAUGUUUUAUUUUUCAAAAAUAUUCCACAAAAAUAGUAGAAAACAUUGCUUUCUAUGUGCAGUUGUAUCUAAACCUUUGGUACUUUACUAUAUAUACAAUAUAUAUUUAAAUAAAAAUAAUAAUAAAAUAAAUAAUUGUUUUUAUUGUUUUUUUUUAAUUUUAGGUGGACACAGUUACUCCUGUAUCCAUUUCCACACAAAUUUACUUACUUACUGUCCUACGUACUGAUAAUGUGUUUAGCUUUGGACAAGAAAGCAAAUGUGAGGUGAAUAUACAUUUGUUAGUCACUGACAGGCCUCUCCUCCAGCGGCGCUUGCACGUAUCCAUCUGUCAAGUAUGGCAGUUAUAAGUCACGAUGUAUAAGUGCUUGUGAACUGGCCCAACUGUUCAUAUUUUUAUAAGUAUGUGCACCACCUCCUUAAACAGACUCUGAGAGCCCACCCCUAGGAUGAUGUUUGUAUGGCUCUGCUUUUGGCAUGCUAUAUUGGCGGGUUUGCUUUGUAUUUGCUGAAAAUAUAGGACUUGCCUCUGGUA